CCACGGUAUGAAACGCUGAGGUCGUCGAUAUACGGAGGCUCAUUAUAUAUACGAAACUCUCAGACUGUGGGAGCUACAUAUAAGUACAAUGAUAUAUAGUGCAAAUGUUAUUUAUAUUGGUCUACCUGCAUAGCUCAAUAAAAACAUACGGUUUAGAGCUGUGUAUAGUAGCACAAAGUAGUUGAUAUCAUUUACGUCGCUUGAAGGUAACCAGGUAUACAUUGUAAUAGCGAGCACACUUGAUACGAUAAUUACCUCUGUUCCUGAUUGCUGAUUAUUCAUUAAACCUAGACAAUCACGUUCUCUUGAGUUUAACUAACUAAAAAAGUUACAGUCGUUAGUUGUUAUGUGCGUUUGGGACCUCGAUGCAUCUGAUGCGGUUGGAGGGCAAACGAUUCGUUGAUAACACAGAUAAAUUGGUUGAAUGAGGACAUGAGAAGCCCCCAGAGGCAAAACGGCAAAGAUCACAAUGCGUUUUAUCUUUCUGUGACAACAUUGCAUGCUUACUAGCAGUACAACGACGUUGUCAGGGGAGAGGACUGAUCGUUAUUCUGCAUUGUUCCAGCAGUAGCUGUAAGUAGAGGUAAAUACGGAGAAGUAGGAAUAGAUACUUAGGCUGAAGUAGGGAUGGACAGACACCUGGAUUACAACAUAUAGGAUUGUUUGUGAGCCUAUCACCGCUUUGGUUCUGCAACUCCUGGCAGGCAAGUUUAUAUUUCAAAUAUCUUUCCUCCCUUCGUAAUCAUUAUUUUAGUACAACUGAAUUGUGAAUAUAAAAAAUAUAAAGAAAAAGCAACCUAAGUAUAAAAGAGUUUAUGAGCCAUGGAAGAGAAUCAGUACAUCCUUGGAGUGGAUCUUGGUACAACAACAGUAAAAGUGUGCCUUAUCGAUGCGAACUCACGUAAAAAAGUGUUAGAGCAGAGCCAAAUAACGAAAGCCAGAGUGGAGGUUGAAGCUCCACGGGCCGAACAAUGCCCAGAAAAGAUUCUUUUUGCUGUACAGUAUUGCCUUGCAGCUAUUGAAAGGAAGUACCUAAGCAAUGUGGUCAGCAUCGGAGUUUGUGGACAAAUGCAUGGAGUAGUUUUAUGGAAACGAAACGCAUGGACUUACGAUCCUGCAAAUGAAAAGUUUGUUUUUAACAAAAAGUGCAUGAGUACGCUUAUAACCUGGCAGGAUCAGAGGUGUUCCGAGGAGUUUUUGAGAGCUUUACCGAAACGGUCUUCGACAAGUGUCGUAGAUCCUUGCGCCGGUUUCGGAUGCGCAACAUUAUUCUGGUUACUGAGAAAAGGUGACCUGCUCCAAGAUUUUGAGUGUGUAGGAACGAUUCAGGAUCUCAUGGUGGCCAUGCUCACCGGACUGAAUAAACCCGUCAUGACACCCCAAAAUGCCGCCUCAUUUGGUUAUUUUGACGUGGAAACUAACCAAUGGGACCUACAAGCCUUGGAGUUGUCAGAUUUUCCAUGUGACAUUCUGCCUGAGAUCGUUGACGAAAGUCAAGUAGCCGGCGAACUAAGACACUUUUGGCUCGGAAUUCCUGCGCGUACCGUCAUAUUCCCUGCUACAGGCGAUGCACAGUGUUCAGUGUUGUCGGGCCUUCAAGCCAGAGAGGGAUCCGCUAUACUUUACAUGGGAACAAGCGCACAGAUUUCGUUUGUCGUUGAUUACCGUGGCCGCAACCACAAGGGCCACCACACAUACUUCCCAUACUUCAACGGAAAACAUCUUUGUGUAGCAGCAUCUUUGAACGGCGGAAACGUUUUGACACAAUUUGUAGACAUGGUCAAGCUAUGGCUUUAUGACCUCGGUGUGUCACUGCCAGAGUCCAAAGUCUGGGACCGACUGCUUAAUCCAACCGCUUUGACCGAGCAGCAGAUCUUUACUGGUGUUAAUGCCCGGACAGAAAGUAUUCGCGUACGUCCUCUUUUAUUCGGCGAGCGUCACAAUCCACAAUCAAGUGGCUCUGUGACGGGUAUACGAGCUCAAAUGCCAACUUUAGAUAAGACUUUUCGUGCCAUUUGUGCGGGCCUCAUUGACAACCUUGUAGAAAUGUUACCUUUGAGCGUCUUGCAGGAUCAUGGUAUUAGCAGACUUGUCUGCGCUGGUAAAGUAAUUAACCACAAUCGCGUUAUAAGCUCGGAAGUGCAGAGAGUUUUCCAGGAUUUUUCGGUCGAAUUUGCAAGCGAUUGUGAUUCCGCUCUUGGGGCGGCAUUAGGGGCUGCUAUGUUUCGUCGUUAGUAGUUCGAUGCAAAUACCCUAAGAAAUAUAGAACAAAAUCUACCUUUGAUUUACAUUGGUAUUUACCACACGGCCCCGAUCAGUUAACUUAUAUGAGUAAUAAAAAUACGCAGAAAACAAAUGUUUUACAAACGCUGCUUAUAUAUUAAGUGUCGAUAAUUGGAUCCAUUUUUGAUAAUGUAUAUGUUGUCUUUUUGUAUUUAAAAUAUUUUUUUAUUAUAUUAUUAACGUUUUCUUUCUAGAGGUGUUGUCUGUGGUGAAACUUCUAGGAGCGACACUGAAUGGUGGUUACCGAAUAUAUAUAGCCCCUAAAACUCUCAACGGCCCUAUUUUAUGGUACUGCUAGUUAAAAACAGGUUCAUCACGCACAUUGUAUUAUUAAGGAUUACUAACGGCUUACCGUCACCCUGAUAACACCGAAAAUUGUCUAGCUACUGCGACGUGGAAUGAGUGAGCGAUUACAGGCUACAAGUAGCACAUGGUAGUAACAAGCAGCAGUAUGCCAUCUGGAGAAGUCCGGCAGCUAUGAGGUGUGCCAUACCGAGGAUUUUCUACGCCAGGGAUCGAAGACUUUCUCAACUGAUAGGUUAUUAGUGGUAGCGUUGAACACUGAUAUUUUGUGAAAAGUUUUACUUGUAUUUGCUAGCAGCUGUGAAUUCCUCUAGACGUUCCACAUAUCACUGAAUUUAAUUGAAGAUAUCUGAUUUCUGAACCCAAACUGAAUAUAUCUGCAUGCGUUCUUUUUGUGAAAACUAUCAUCCACUGCUUUUUAAUAAUAGCACGUGUAACGAUCCUAUCGCUAAAGGAGAAUUUAAACUACUAUGGAAAGGGAAGAUAUUUACUGAGACGUGUCGUAAAAUAGGUAUCCAUUAUCACAUGUACAAACAGUCGGCCUAUUACAUGUGAUUCAGGCAUCCGACUGUCUUUUUGUUUGUCGAGAGGUAUAGAUUGUUCAAGAUGUAGU